CUUUCUCAGCAAAUCCAUUCCCAUUUCAUUUCUACUCACAUCAACAAAAAAAAACCAACAUGAACCUCUCUCUCGCUCACCCUCACUCUCCUUUUCUCCUCCUAUUCUUCUUCUUCUUCACUAUCCUCACCCUCCACUCCCUCACAGUCACAUCAGCCACCUGCCACGUGGACGAUGAAACAGGUCUCUUAGGCUUCAAGUCUUCCAUCACAGCAGACCCAUCCGGCAUUCUCAGCUCUUGGAAACCCGGAUCCGACUGCUGCACAUGGUCGGGCAUAAACUGCCUGGCCAGCAACCGGGUCACAAGUCUCUCUCUUAUGGGCCAGUCCAAUAAGCCCAAUUCAUUCCUCUCCGGCCCAAUCUCAUCCUCUCUCUCUAAACUCAAAUUUCUUGACGGACUUUACCUCCAAAAUCUCCGAAAUAUUUCGGGUCCUUUUCCUGAUUUCCUUUUCGGGUUACCCGAACUCAAAUUCAUCUACAUCGAAAACAACAAGCUCUCGGGUCGAAUACCCGGAUCCAUCGGUAACCUGACCGGACUAUUUGCACUGAGUUUGUCUGGUAACCAGUUUUCGGGUCCGAUUCCGAGUUCGAUAUCCCAGUUAACCGGGUUGACUCAGCUCAAGCUCGGCGGGAACCGCCUCACCGGUCCAAUACCGAACGGGAUUCAAAAGAUCAAGAAUCUGACCUUAUUCUCGCUCGACGGAAACCAACUAUCAGGAUCCAUACCCGAUUUUUUCGGAUCCUUCUCGGAGCUCCGAGUUCUCAGGCUCUCGCACAACAAAUUUACCGGGAAAUUCCCGGCAUCGAUUUCCUCUCUGGCGCCAAAACUGAUCUACCUCGAGCUCGCCCAAACCGGUCUCAACGGUCAAAUUCCCCAAUUUCUCGGGAAUUUCAAGACCCUCGACACGCUAGAUCUCUCGCGGAACAAUUUCUCGGGAGUUGUGCCGAGAAGUUUCGCGAAUCUCACGAAGAUAUUUAACCUCGAUCUUUCGCGAAAUUACCUAAUUGACCCUUUCCCGAAUAUGAGCGUGAAGGGCAUAGAGUCCCUUGAUUUAUCGUACAACAAGUUUCACCUCGGUGAAAUUCCAAAAUGGGCCACGUCAUCACCAAUAAUUUACUCUCUGAAGCUAGCCAGGUGUGGAAUUAAAUUGAGACUAGAGGAUUGGAAGCCUUCACAGACUUAUUUCUAUGAUUUCAUUGAUCUUUCAGAGAAUGAAAUUUCAGGCAGUGCUAUUGGGCUUUUGAAUAAGACUGAUUACUUGGUGGGCUUUUGGGCCUCGAGGAAUAAGUUAAAGUUUAAUUUGGAGAGUUUGAGGAUUGUAGAGAGGUUGAAGUAUUUGGAUUUGUCUAGGAAUGUGGUGUUUGGGAAAGUGCCUAAUGGGGUUUCAAAGCUUGAAAAAUUGAAUUUAAGUUAUAACCGUUUGUGUGGGAAGCUUCCUGUGACUAAUUUCUCAGCUAGUGCUUUUUUGGGGAAUGAUUGUUUAUGUGGUUCCCCAUUAGCAGCAUGCAAAAGUGUUGCAUAGUUGAGAUGUUUAUGGAAAUGCCACUAGACUUGGAAAAUCGAAUAACUUUUUUUUCUGUAGGGAAAACAAAAUGUGGAAGUUGGAAUUAUGUAAUGGCACUUUGAUGUAAUUUUCGUUCUUGCCUUUUUUAUUUGAUCUAUGUUAACAUUAGUCUUUGGAAAA